AUGAAGUAUAAAGGUAAAGACUACUACGCUGUGUACAGAGGUUUUAAGGUAGAAAAUGAAGCAGCAAAGUAUAAGAUGAGAUACACAUCAUUCAGUGGUGGGAAUGUUGAAGACUCGUUUAAAUAUCACAACGGCAUGAAGUUUACAACCAUUGACUCUGAUAACGAUAAGGUGUAUGAUGCAAACUGUGCUGUAAAACCUGGAGGUGGUUGGUGGUAUGAGAAGUGUCACUAUGUUAGCGCCAAUGGUAAAUGGGCGAGUCGUGAAUUUCAAGCAGGAAUUCACUGGAACAAGAAAGGAUCUCUCGUCUUGCUAAGCAGAAAUAACGAACUGAUGCUGCACUUGCGAUUGAGACAGAACAAGAAAGGAUCUCUCGUCUUGCUAAGCAGAAAGAACGAACCCCCAGCUGAUCAUGAAUAA